AUGGCAGCGAGCUACACCACGCCCGUCGACGGCUCCGUCAUUUUCGCAACCUCCAUCAGCACAUCGCCCCGGGAUAAAGUAGGGCAGGUGACCGGUCCUAUCCCAAAGGAGCGGAGGACCCUCCUCGCUGCCAUCGAGCGGCUGGCGGGAAAGGUCCACGUGAUGCGUUCAGAAAUCUUCGCUGAGAGUGAGGAGAAGAAGGCUUUGUGCGAGGGCCGCGGACUUCACAAGUCCAUGGUGGCCACCGUCGUGGGCCUGUUGUCGUCUGGCAAGCACGGCUUCCUCCCCCGGCGAGCGCGUGAGCACCCGGAGGUCCACCUGGGGUAG